CUUUUACUCGUGUCUUGAUAGAAUGAAAACACACUUUUGGGAAUUCCACUGAGGCUGUGCUGACUUACAGUACAGUGAGGGAGGUGUAGACAGAGCGAGUACCCCAUGCACUUUUACUUUUCUCUCGGGAGACUGAAAACAUACUCUCCAGAUUCCACUGAGUGAAGCUGUGCCGACUUACAGUACAGAGGGAGGGAGGUGUAGACAGUCAGUCCACAGAGAGUGUGCUCCAUGUCAUCCAGAUAAGAGAGAAGGACCAUCUGUUGCCUGCAGAGCCUUUUAGAUGACUGUACAUCACAGUGGUUUAUGUAAAGAGCUGAGGUGUGCUUCACAAGGCAACAGCACGCAGAGCCUGUGUACUCUUACUAAUAUCAAUAUUAGCCCUUCCAUUCUCUUCCUCCCCAGUCCAUUAGCGCAUUAUUAAUUGUAUUUUGAACCAGAGGGUAGCAGUUUACUUUACUUUGAAAUGAGAGAAGUCGUGGUACACAUGUUCAGUAGCAUUGACAUAAUUAAAAGCUUUUUUGAUGUUUUAUAAUAUAAAAUUGUGCUCCAACAUUGACACACACAAUCUCUCUUCAGACAGCUCUCGAAAUGGUCUCAAACUGGUCGGUGGACCCUUUAAUGGAGUGUAACCACACAGCAGCCUGGAAUUGGGUGUACUCCAUCCAGCCAGUUUACAUGUCCGUCAUCUGCCUGCUGGGAAUGGUGGGCAACACCUUCGUGCUGUGUGUGUUCUGCUUCCAGAAGAGACACAGCACAGUGGCAGACAUCUACCUGGGGAACCUGGCUGCUGCAGACCUCCUCAUGGUGUCCUGCCUGCCCUUCUGGGUGGUGGCGGUCAUACAGGAGUUCCACUGGCCAUUUGGUGAGCUUAUGUGUCAGCUGGUGAACAUUGUCAUUGGGAUGAACUACUACUGCAGUGUCCUGUUCCUUACGCUGGUGAGUGUGGACAGGUACCUGGUGCUGGCACGUCCCCUGUCGUCCCAGGGCAGGGGAAGAAAACCAGCCUGGGCCAGCGGGAUCUGUCUGGUUGUCUGGGUGGUGGGCGCUCUUCUCAGCCUCCCAGCCCUGCUCUUCCGAUCCGUCCAGUUCUUCCCCCAACUGGGGGUGGAGGCGUGCUACAUGGCAUACCCCCACGACGGCUGGAGGCUGCGCUACAACCUGACCGUCAACAUAGUGGGCUUUCUGGUUCCUAUACCCGUUGUGUCCUUCUGCAGCUACCACAUCAUCAGUGUCCUACGGGACAACCAGGCGAGCAGGAUGAGGAGCACGACGGCAGCAGGCACGGAGAGGAAGGCUGCCCACCUGGUGCUUAUCGUCCUGGCCAUCUUCAUCCUCUGCUGGCUGCCCUACCAGGUCGUCAUCUUCCUGGAUACCCUGUAUCACUAUGAGGUCAUCUCUGGCUGUGGCUGGGUGGAUGUGUUAGAAAUCAGCACUCAACUGGCUACCUACCUGGGCUACAGCAACAGCUCACUGAACCCUUUUCUGUAUGUGAUUGUGGGGAAGCACUUUAAGCAGAGGGCAAGAGGGGUAUGUAGACAGAUGAUGUGCUGUGGAAAGGGAAGGAAGUCCUAUCAUAUUGUCAAUCUCAACUCCACCAUUAAGUACACAGACUCCACUAAGGUAUGAUUUAUAAACCCCAAAUAACCAUGUCAUUUUAAGGCACAUAUUUCUGCACUAGCAUCACUGUUUUGUGUAACAGCAACUUGUGAAUGUGUUUUGUGUUUACAUUGUAUUUAGCUUUUGUGUGUUUUCUUUAAAUCAAAUCAAACUUUAUUUGUCA